CUGCUCGUAGCUGCGGCGGUCCCCGGGAAUCGGGUUCGGGACGGGCUUUCCCUCCUGCCGGAUCCCAGCGUCGAGCAUGGCGAGCCGCCUGCCGCCCUGCGUCGUAGACACUGGCACCGGGUACACAAAACUGGGUUACGCCGGAAAUACUGAACCACAAUUUAUUAUCCCAUCAUGCAUUGCAAUAAGAGAAUCGGCCAAAGUAGGUGACCAGGCACAGAGGAGACUGGCCCAAGGCGUGGAUGAUCUAGACUUUUUCAUUGGAGAUGAAGCUCUCAUUAAACCCACCUAUGCUGUAAAGUGGCCUAUCCGACAUGGCAUGGUUGAAGACUGGGAUCUUAUGGAAAGGUUCAUGGAACAUAUUAUUUUUAAAUAUCUUCGAGCUGAACCAGAAGAUCAUUAUUUUUUAAUGACUGAACCUCCACUGAACACACCUGAAAACCGAGAAUAUCUUGCAGAGAUCAUGUUUGAAUCAUUUAACAUACCUGGACUUUAUAUUGCUGUGCAGGCAGUGCUAGCCUUAGCUGCAUCCUGGACUUCACGACAAGUUGGCAACCGUACCUUAACUGGCACAGUUGUUGACAGUGGUGAUGGGGUGACUCACGUCAUUCCAGUGGCAGAAGGUUACGUAAUUGGCAGCUGCAUCAAGCACAUCCCCAUUGCAGGAAGAGACAUCACGUAUUUUAUUCAGCAACUCCUAAGGGAAAGGGAGAUGGGGAUCCCUCCAGAGCAAUCCCUGGAAACAGCAAAGGCUAUAAAGGAAAAGUACUGUUAUAUUUGUCCUGACAUAGUAAAAGAAUUUGCAAAGUAUGAUGUUGAUCCCCACAAAUGGAUUAAGCAAUACACAGGGAUCAAUGCCAUCAAUAAAAACACAUUUACGAUAGAUGUCGGCUAUGAAAGAUUCCUUGGGCCGGAGGUUUUCUUUCAUCCAGAGUUUGCCAAUCCAGAUUUUAUGGACUCUAUUUCGAACGUUGUGGAUGAAGUUAUACAGAACUGUCCCAUUGAUGUUCGGCGUCCUUUGUAUAAGAAUGUGGUGCUUUCAGGAGGAUCUACAAUGUUUAGAGAUUUUGGUCGUCGUUUACAGAGGGACUUGAAAAGAGCAGUAGAUGCUCGACUAAAAAUCAGUGAAGAACUCAGCGGUGGUCGAAUAAAGCCCAAACCUGUGGAGGUUCAAGUGAUCAGUCAUCACAUGCAGCGUUAUGCCGUCUGGUUUGGCGGAUCUAUGCUUGCGUCGACGAGUUCUUUGACGUGUGUCACACCAAGAAAGCCUACGAGGAAUAUGGUCCUGGCAUUUGCCGUCAUAAUCCUGUUUUUGGAAUUAUGUCAUAAGAUUCACAGUGCAGCAUCAACACGGUGCAGCAUCAUGGUGCAACUCUGGGGUCUGAUGGUGAACUUUCUGCUGACAAGGAGGAGAGAGACUUGGUGCAAAUACCAAAACUCGGUGUGGUGUGGAUGCUUCCCUACCUAGAAUAUGCAUUAGAAUCAGGGACUUCAAAGCAAUGGACCGGCUAGAACUCAAUGGAGAAAAAUGACUCAACUUGAUUGUUAAAUUAACUCCUUUCUGCAAGUUAGCUUCUAGUAUAUAACAUUCGCUUUGGUAGAAAGGGUGAAAGCAGAAACUGUUUAGAUCAGUGUU